CAGCGUGUGCUUCGUGCGACCCUCCACCGCGGGGGUUAUCCAUAGUAACGCGCCAGCGUUACCCGGGACCUCGGGGUUGCUGGUCUAUGGGUGCUGCCGGCGGACUCUAGAUGUCCCAGGACUUCUAAGGAGUAUAGAGUGUUGGUCCUAGGGGACGAGGGACCCAAAGGGGCCUGGGGGAUUUUUUCAAAACAUGUGCGCGUUCCAUGUGAUGCAUCCCUUUCUCCCAGACAGAUCAGAGCUCCAGGGAUGGCAGCCACGUGUAUUUGGGAAAAAAAUUGUCCUGGUGAUUCUGAUACACUCCGCCUACUCAACGAUUGAGAACCACUAGUGUGGAGGUCCCGUAUAGCUUAUGGAGGCGCCCCCCCCCCCCCCCCGAUCCUUCUUUCCCACAGAUGCCUUCUUACCGCAGUCAGGGUGACUUGUCUAGGACCCCACCUCCCAGCUUUUGCACCUCCGUUAAACACUUAUUUAUUUCUUCCGUGUAAUUUGCAUAGUUACCCUCCCCCCCUCCCGCCCCUCCACGGUCUAUGACUUCUUUCUGGGUAGUGAUUCUGGCUCAUUCAUCCAUACUCCCUUCCCCUCCAAGUGGUGCCUGAUAGAGAAAAGUGCCCUUUAUAAUAAAUUAACUUGAAUUGGCGUGCUGGUAGGGCAGCUGUCAAUGAAUGAAUCAGGGGGGAUACUGGGUAUGAAAAUGUGCCAGAUUAGCUUGAGGUUGGGCUGGGUGUAUGCGAGGGGUCCUAAUGUGAAUGUGGUGGAAUACUGGGGUGAGGGAGGUUGAAAAGAGAUCAGGCAAAACCCUACACAACCUGUAGGCAGAUGUCUUGGCAGAUGUCUCUAAGAUAUGGGAAUUUCCUAGCUCCUCUGCAAUGUGGGAUUCCAUCUUGGGCACUAGGAUGCCACCUCUAGGAGUUCUGCCUCCUGCUCAGGGAUAAAACUAUGCAAGCCCCGAGCUACUUUAACAAUUCCUGUCCCAGGAAGGCAGCACAGAAGGAGAAAAACAGGCAUAUCUGGUCUCGUGUUUUGUGAGCAAUUCCAUGAUUGCCUCCACAUUCCUCCAGUGAACACACUCUAGGAAGCACUUUGUUCCUCUCUCUCACAGAUACUGUCCCCUAAGACAGCCCUCAGGCCCAAGCCCUGCAGGCCCUGACACCUGGGCAGCUGAGUCAGCACCUCAGGAAUGGGCUUUAGUAGCAAACUUGGUGAUUCAGGGCCCCAGGAAUGGCGUCGAACAUGCCAACAAACCAGCUGCCUCCUUCUCCUUGAGGUGGCAGAAAGGAACUCAACCAGCUCAUCCCUGGGUAUGCAAAUUAUCCUUCCUGAUCCUGGCCCCCCAGCUGCCCUCUGCUGGCUCAGCUCUGAUGCUUCUCAGGGGGCCCCCCAAACUGGAUGAGGACUGGGGAAGAGAGUUUCGGUGUUUCCCAAGAUAAAGAGGAAGACAAAACGGAACUCCCAAGGAGCCUUUUUCUACCGAAGCUCCCCAAACCACUCCUCACGUCUGGAAUAGCUGCCUCUCCUUUCUUUACCUCCUCCCUUUCCUCAGUUUCCUGCAACCUGGCUGCCCAGUCUGGCAGUCUCCCCUCCCCUUCGUAUUGGCAGGCAAACAGAACACCAGCCUUUUCUUUUGUUUUUUCUCCUUUUUGCUUUUGGUCUUAAAGCCUUUCUCUGUGGAUCCCUGUGUGCAUGUGUAGAGAGAGGAGACCAGGUUUCAAGAAAUCAAAGAUGUAACAUCUUAGCCUCAUAGCCUUAGAAUCCUUUGGUAGGAGUUUCUUUUGGCUUUGUUAUUUUGGCUGCUACUUUCUGGCCUUCCCUUUAAAUCCAUUCCAGGUCUGAGGAGGGGACAGUAGGUGUCUCUGGUCUGUAUGUUCUCCGCCUCUGCCUCUCCAGCUUGUGCUCCUCCCAGGCACAGAGGCUUGGCCGUGACAGGUUUGGCCGCAGAUUGCCCUGGAAGGGGUGUGAGUUGUCAGACAGGUGACUGCCGGCUUGGACGCCUGAGGCCUGCCCUGACUGAGUCACCUUGCUGUUGUUGUCACCAUCCUUGCCGGAGUCCCUGCUCAGCAAACCAGACCUCUGUGGAUACGGCAGCAGCUCCCAUCCGUCCAAGCUUUCAGGAGAAGCUACUGGCCCGAUGGUGAGGCAAGUGGGCUGGGGGGGGAACCGAGGGCGGCUGGGGCGGUGGAGAGACCUGGGGCCUGGAUCAGUGCCUCUCCUCCCCAUGCCGCUGCCCCCUCUCCCUCCUCCUCCAUGUCGGGGGCCUGGCAGAGGGCGGAUUUCCAUCUUCUCUCUGUCCCCUGCCCCUCACACAAGAAGCUCCCCUUCCUCGGUCCCUCCCCCGGCCCUGGGACCCCCCUGCCCAGCGAUGCAGGCCCCAGGGGGCUCUCAGCCUCCCCACAGUGCCCUCCCCACCCCAACAACGCAGGGAGGGCCCGCGAUGACACCCAGCUCUGCUCCCCCCUCUUGGGGCUCCCACUCCACCCCACCCCUGGCCCCAGUGACUCCCCCUCCCUCGCACCGAUGCCCCCAGGACCCUCCUGGGCUGCGGAUAGGGCCUCUGAUCCCUGAGCAGGAUUAUGAGCGGCUGGAGGACUGUGACCCCGAGGGGUCCCAAGAUUCACCCCUCCACGGGGAGGAGCAGCAGCCCCUGCUCCAUGUGCCCGAAGGGCUCCGAGGCUCCUGGCACCACAUCCAGAACCUGGACAGCUUCUUCACCAAGAUCUAUAGCUACCACCAGAGGAAUGGCUUCGCCUGCAUCCUGCUGGAGGAUGUCUUCCAGCUGGGACAAUUCGUCUUCAUCGUCACCUUCACAACCUUCCUCCUUCGUUGCGUGGAUUACAACAUUCUCUUCGCCAACCAACCGAACAACAGGACAACACCUGGCUUGCUCCAUGGCAAAGUCACCUUGGCAGAUGCCAUCCUGUCCUCCUCCCAGUGUGCCCAGCGGAUCCGCUCCAGCCCCCUGCUGGUUUUCCUUCUGAUCCUGGCUGCAGCCUUCUGGCUGUUACAGCUGCUUCGCUCAGUCUGCAACCUCUUCAGCUACUGGGACAUCCAGGUGUUUUACAGGGAGGCCCUGCACAUCCCCCCGGAGGAACUCAGCUCGGUGCCCUGGGCCGAGGUUCAGUCCCGCCUGCUGGCGCUGCAGAAGAGCGGGGGGCUGUGCGUGCAGCCGCGGCCGCUGACCGAGCUCGACGUCCACCACCGCAUCCUGCGCUACACCAACUACAAGGUGGCGCUGGCCAACAAGGGCCUGCUGCCCGCGCGCUGCGCGCUGCCCUGGGGAGGCAGCGCGGCCUUCCUCAGCCGCGGCCUGGCGCUCAACGUCGACCUGCUUCUCUUCCGCGGGCCCUUCUCGCUCUUCCGCGGGGGCUGGGAGCUGCCCGACGCCUACAAGCGCAGCGACCAGCGAGGCGCCCUGUCCGCGCGCUGGCGGCGCACGGUGCUGCUGCUGGCCGCCGUGAACCUGGCGCUGAGCCCGCUGGUGCUGGCCUGGCAGGUGCUGCACGCCUUCUACAGCCACGCGGAGCUGCUGCGGCGCGAGCCGGGGGCGCUGGGGACGCGCCGCUGGUCCCGCCUGGCCCACCUGCAGCUCCGCCACUUCAACGAGCUGCCGCACGAGCUGCGCGCGCGCCUGGCGCGCGCCUACCGCCCCGCCGCCGCCUUCCUGCGCGCCGCCGCGCCCCCGGCGCCCCUGCUCGCGCUGCUGGCCCGCCAGCUCGUCUUCUUCGCUGGCGCGCUCUUCGCCGCGCUGCUCGUGCUCACCGUCUACGACGAGGACGUGCUGGCCGUGGAGCACGUGCUCACCGCCAUGACCGCGCUCGGGGUCACCGCCACCGUGGCCAGGUCUUUCAUUCCGGAAGAACAGGGCCGGGGUCGUUCCCCGCAGUUCCUGCUGCAGGCGGCCUUGGCGCACAUGCAUUACCUCCCGGAGGAGCCCGGCCCUGCCGGCAAGGCCAGCGCUUACCGGCAGAUGGCGCGGCUGCUUCAGUACCGAGCGGUCUCCCUCCUGGAGGAGCUCCUGUCUCCUCUUCUCACUCCGCUGUUUCUACUGUUCUGGUUUUGCCCCCGUUCCCUGGAGAUCAUUGACUUUUUUCAUCACUUCACUGUGGAUGUGGCUGGAGUUGGGGACAUCUGUUCCUUUGCCCUGAUGGAUGUGAAGCGUCACGGCCACCCUCAGUGGCUCUCGGCAGGACAGACAGAGGCCUCGCUCUCUCAGCGUGCGGAGGAUGGAAAGACUGAGCUCUCCUUGAUGAGGUUCUCCCUGGUGCAUCCACAAUGGCGCCCCCCAGGGCACAGCUCCAAGUUCCUGGGGCACCUUCGGGGCAGGGUCCAACAAGAUGCAGCAGCCUGGGGCGCCACUUCUGUUCGCAGUCCCCCCACCCCGGGGGUGCUCAGUGACUCUUCCUCACCUCUGCCUGAGGCCUUCCUGGCCAACCUCUUGGUGCACCCCCUUCUGCCCCCGCGGGACCUGAGCCCCACAGCCCCCUGCCCAGCCGCAGCCACAGCCAGCCUCCUGGCCUCCAUUUCCCGCAUUGCCCAGGACCCGAGCUGUGUGUCCCCAGGAGGCACUGGGGGCCAGAAGCUGGCCCAGCUCCCAGAGCUUGCUUCUGCUGAGAUGAGUCUGCAUGCCAUCUACCUGCACCAGCUCCAUCAGCAGCAGCAGCAGGAACUGUGGGGUGAGGCUUCAGCCUCUUCCCUGUCCAGGCCCUGGUCCAGCCCCUCCCAGACACUCUCGCCUGAUGAGGAGAAGCCGUCCUGGUCAAGUGAUGGCUCCAGUCCUGCCUCCAGCCCCAGACAGCAGUGGAGAACCCAGAGAACCCAGAAUCUGCUCCCCGGGAGGUUUCAGGAGACCACAGAUGCCCAGAAGGAGCCUGGCCAGGCCCCUAGCACUGACUGAGAGAGCUCCUCAGGGUUCCGUGGCUUCUCCAGCCGUAGGAGAUCAGACAAGGCCGAGUGGAAGGCCAUGAUGCCGAGCCAUCUUUAAAGACCCCCGCCUCCCUGACUUUAGAUCUAAGGAUGUUUUAGUUGGGCAGGACUUGGGGGAGGUUAAUGAUAAGCUCAUCCAAGAGAGCAGAGAAAGGGUAGGAGAGGAGAUGCCAAAGGCAUCUGGAGACAGUGUUAGAGACUAUCCCCGUCUGAAGGGGCUAAGGGGACGCCACACCAACUAACUGUCCUCGAGCAAUUGCCUGGGAAGAAAUCCCCAGGUAUCCUCAGGGUGGAGGACAGGGCCAAGGUGGAGGCCUAGCUAAAUGCAAGGGAAACAGUGAGGGACGGGACCUGGAUGGCAGUGGGCUCUCCAAGCCUGUCUGGCCUUCACGUUCCACUGGGGACUUAUGAGUGGAAAGACUCUACAGAGGGCUGGUGGUUUUGGAGCUCAGCACUGGCAGUGCUGGCUUCGGAAGUGGGUGUGGAUCCUCAUCCUGUCUGAAACCGGCUGUAAAGGUUGCUCAUGGCUUGCUGCACCUCUUUGUGACCUUCGUCUCUGGCGUCCCCACUCCUGGUGGAGGGCUGUACCUCCUUCUCAAUCAAGAGCAAGGAAGCAACACAGAACUGUCCGUGAUGGGCUGGAAGCCACAUUUGCAGAGCGCUGGGUCAGAGUGGAGUGUGUAGGAUAGGACUCCCUGUCAAAGCAUUGUCACGCCCUCCAGCUGCACAAGUUAACAAAGCUUGUUCUGCAAUUUUAAUCGAUGGGGCUGGGUUAGGCGUCUUGGUAGCACUUGUAACAUCGGGUCCAGUCUCUUAUGGUGAAUUUUCAAUAAUAAAUAUUUUAAUGAUUUAGAGA